GGGAAAUGAGUCCAAGCUCUCUUGAAACAAAACCACCCAAUUAUUGUUGAGACUCCAUUCCCCAGCAAUCUUAUCGUGUAGCAUGCAUUAUGGAGCCGCAUGUUGCAGAGUUGCAGCAGAAGAUUAAAGACACGUUGUGUCCUUUUGGCUUCGAGGUUUAUCCUUUCCAGGUGGCAUGGUACAAUGAGCUGCUGCCUGCAGCCUUCCACCUGCCUCUGCCAGGACCUACUCUGGCAUUCUUGGUACUCAGCACACCUGCGAUGUUCGAGAAGGCCUUCAAGCCCUUUGUGCGGAGCUGCCAUCUCCAGCCACUGAAAGACCCUGUGGACCAGUGCGUGGCCUAUCACCUGGGCCGUGUCAUAGAGAACCUUCCGGAGCUACAGAUAGAAGUCAUCACUGACUAUGAGGUAUAUCCCAACCGGCGCCCCAAGAUUCUGGCCCAGACAGCAGCCCAUGUGGCGGGGGCUGCUUACUACUACCAACGACAAGAUGUGGAGGAUGAUCCCUGGGGAAACCAGCACAUAUCGGGUGUAUGCAUACACCCGCAGUUUGGUGGCUGGUUUGCCAUUCGAGGGGUGGUGCUGCUACCAGGGAUAGAGGUGCCAGAUCUGCCACCCAGACAACCUCCUGACUGUGUGCCUGCAAGAGCUGAUCGCAUUGCCCUGCUUGAAGGUUUCAAUUUCCGUUGGAGAGACUGGACUUACCGGGAUGCCGUGACCCCACAGGAGCGCUACUCAGAGGAGCAGAAGGCCUACUUUUCCACCCCUCCUGCCCAACGCUUGGCCCUACUAGGCUUGGCUCAGCCCUCCGAGGAACCCAGUCCUGUGCCCCCUGGGCUUCCCUUUACUGCACUCACCUCCAAGAAGCCUCAGAAUGUCAGCAGGGCUCGGAGCUGGCUCAGCCCCCGAGUCUCACCACCACAAUCACCUGGCCCUUGAUACCUUGCUAUCCUGCAAGAUACCAGUUUUCAGUGGUACUUGCCAGGACUUAACUGGCCUUGGCAAAAAUUUUAUUCUGGGUACGAAAGGAGUACUUCUCUGAACAUGAGUCUUUAAUGAAGUUAACAAGACACAGGAAGCAUCAUGGUAUAGCCACUGCCAUCUUUGUGGGUACCAGUGUCAUGGCCACAUCACAUCUGAUCCGGUUCCUCACCAAUAUGCUUGAAAAAGCAGCCUGCCACCCACAUGGAGACCCAGUUUAAACUCCAGGCUUCAGUGUGGCCCAGCUUUGGCCACUGCAGCGUUUUGGAGAUAAUACCAAUGGAUGGAAGA